UCAAAAAUGAGAAAAACAUUCUUACGUUCUUUUGAAAUCAAAAUAUGUCUGGUGUCGAGUAUAAAGUGCGUCUUAUGCAGAAAGAAGACAUUCCUCAAGCUUUGGAUAUUUGGAGAGAAACUGGGAAUCAGGAAGGGACAGAUCGUCUCUAUACCUGGCUUGAAGUCGAUCCGGAAGGAUUUUACGUAGCAGUUACAGAUGCAGGAGAAAUCCUAGGCGUAUGUAGUGCUGUCAUUCACCAUGAAGAUUUAGUUUUUGUGGGUCUUUACAGUGUGAGAAAAAAGUAUCGUAAACAAGGUAUUGGAAGCAAGAUAUGGAGUGCCUGCAUGGACCACAUAGGAUCCAGAAACGCUGCCUUGAACUCCGUACCAGAUAGGUGGAAAAUGUACAGAGACAGCAGUGGAUUCCCUCUUCUGGAAAACGAAUGGCUAAGUGCAGAAUAUUUACAAACUGAAGGUAUUCAAAUGAAUCAGCUGUCAGAAAGCGUUCCACCAGGAAUCGAAAUUGAACCCUAUACGAAAUCUCAUCUUCCUCUGAUGUUGGAUUACGACAGAAAUCUAAUUGGUUACGGUCGAGAGCUUGCAGUCAAACUCACUUGUGAAGAAAAGGAUAGCUACACAUUUGUCGCUUUGAAAGAUGGCGCAUGUGUUGGCUAUGGCGUAAUCAAGAUGAGCUGUCAGGGUGCAGGCCACGUUGGACCACUCUAUGCUGACGAUCCCUCUAUAGCUGAAGCGAUGCUUACGGAACUUGUGCAUGCUUUUCGAGCUCAAUGGCCAGAAGCUAGAGGAUUCGGCGCGACCACCAUCAGCAUCAACGCUAAAGCCAGAGAAAUGUAUGAAAGACUUGGAUGUCCUUUAGUAGAAGAAUGUCACAGGUUAUAUAGAAAGCAGGCUUUGAAAGUGGAUACUAACAAAGUGUUUGCUCACUUCGAUAUGAAUUUUUCACCUUUCUGAACAAUUGCUGAGAAGUUCGUUGAAUUUUGAAUAAAGAGCUCGCUGAAGAAUUUUUAUGUUUAA